AUGGCACCCAUAUCUUUCUCGCGCCUCCUGCCUUCUCGCGGCAGGCGCGGCUCCAGGAGUGAUUCCUCAGACACUCGCGAUGCGCCGCCUUCUCCGUCUGGGGAAUCCACUCCAGGUUGUGGCCCUCGCGUUACCAGCCUCAGCAGUGAGGUGAGCGUCGAUUUACGCGACUUCGAGACUGCUCUAGCGGCUGCUGAAGAGGUUCCUCCCUCUUCACCCACGCCCGUCGACUUGAACACCGUCAAAACCCCCGAUGCUUCGCGGCCUGCGGCGGCCGACGCGCCGUCUUCUUCACACACGCACAACGCAUUUUUGAAGAAAGGCCUCCUCGCUUCCUCCGCUUGCAUCUCUUGUCCGACUCCGGCAGAGCCUUCGGUGAAGAGGGCCGACGGGAUCGCGUGCGAGGAUCCCCUUCUCGCCUGCAGCGCGGCGUCCGGCACCACCGGCCUACGCAGGAGUCGCACCGAAGAGGAGGGAAAUUCACCCUGCAACACGAGCAUCCAGAGAGCGGCGUCGCUAUCGUUCACGAAUGCCGCGUCGGCCGGCUCCGCAUGCACAGCUGCCGCCUUGAAGUCUCGCGUGGUAACUCACGGUACUUCACCGUUGUCUUCGGCGCGAAUCGAAAGGGGAUGCGAAUUUCGAAGUGCUCAGCCGAGACAGACUGAUCCGUCGGAAACUUGCUCCCUAGGCACCGGCCCUGGCGGCGGAUUUACGGACGAGCCCGGAGUCGUGCGCAGUCCACAACACGCCGUUCCCGCGGCUUCAAAAAAGUACAUGUGCGUCGUGAUUUCGCCGCAUAUGUCUCCUCGGAUUCAGAGACCAGAAAUGGCAGGCAAACUGCCAGGCGCUCGCGAGUCCGAAGACUUGGCGCUCCCUGCGAAUCUCUCCGUUUUCGCGUGCGCAGUUGCGGAGGCCGCGCUGCAAAGCGAAACGCAUGGCCCGCCCGGUCUGCCCAGCCAGGUGGUCCAAAACGCCGCUCCCGUCCCCAGAGACGCCGCCGUGGGCCUCGUGCAUGUCCCGCUGGUGAGUGAGUUGCCCGUAAAAAGUUUCUACGCGCCCCCGAGCAGUGACGGCGCAAAGACGUUCGGAGCUCCAACAACGCGGCAGGGCGACUCGAAGCUUUCCGAGCGUGGCAGCGUUGUCCCUCCUCUACCGAUCGGCACGAGCGGCGUGCCGACUUCCAACCUCGACACGGGUGCGGCGUUGUCUCCGUCGAUCCCACCGCCUUCUGCUCGUCGGGCGGCUCCUCCCAUUGCUGCCAUCGCCUCCCCUCGACUGCGGCCGCCCACGUGUUCUGCUUUUCGCCCCGCCGGGGGCGGAACCAAAGGAGGACCACCGCGCUGCUUUCCCGCUGCAGCGGUCGCGGGGGAAGAGACGCAGGCGCGGCAGGAAUCGGCGCGACGCGCGUCUCCGACUGAGAAGUGCGAAGAGCCGGGUCAGCUCUCGAGCGAGGACGAAGGAAGCGACGCACCGCACAGCGCCUCGUCCAUUGUCAUUUUCGAGAACGACAGCGUCGGAAGUCCGUGCUCCUGCCACUCUCAAGUGUCGCCUUGCUCGGUCGAGCGCGACUUUUGUCACCUGUCUCUCGACUGCCCGCGAGACGAGGGCCAGUCGGAGACACCUAGCGCCCAGAGCGCACCGCCUGGAGACGAGGACGGCCACGAGGAGGCGGAACUCGAGGACAGCGAUGGGGCGUAUCUGGAGACGCCGCCCACCGCCGUCGUGGCCCAUGUGGACAAGGCGGGCAAGCCGUCCGACGACGAGGCGUGUUCGCAGGUCUCCGAGACACUCGACGCGUCCACUGCGGGCGGGUCGCGGUCUGAGGCUAGCCACGGAUGCGAGACGGAUUCGUCUUCCGGCGACGCCCCCCGAUCGGCGGGUGCGGCCCCGCUUGAAGGCGUCCAGGGUUUCUCCGCGCCGGAAGGCUCCGGCUCGGAAGGAAGGGUUGAGUCGCCUGGAGACGGCACGCAUCGUUCGGACGUUGACGAGUCUGCGGCGUCGCCUGCCGCUCGGUGUCCCGAGUGUUCUCUGAAUUUGCGGCCACACGAACUGCAAGACCAUCUCUUUGCUCACGCUCUCGACGCCCUCCAAGCUCGGGCCGCGCGGCGAGAGCGAGGGACCAAAAGUCGAAAUCUCGUCAACACCGCCGACCCGCUCCACAAGGGCGCCUUGACGUGGCGUCCAGCUCGACCGUCUCCGCAUGGCCAGGCCGAACCCCGUAGGGCCGCACCCGGGGUGACGAGUCGGACGCAGCCCUCCGUCCGGACAGCGCGAGCGACUCCAGGAAACGCCACCCGCCAGUCUUCCUCUCAGACAAACGCUUCUGCCGGGACGCCCGCGACGCCUGGACGUGACGCCUCCCGGUCGGGGCCUCCCCGGGGGGUGGGUGCGUCGAGCGCGCGUGCCGAGCCGCCAGAGUCGCACAGGUUGGCGUCGGGCGGGUCCGUGCGGCCUGCGAGCGCCACGAGUGCAAAGGUGACGCGGAAAAGGAAACAGGCCGGUGUUUCUUCGUCGCGACCGACAGCAGACUCGCGCGAGGAGACGGAGAGCAGAAGCAGCAGCGCGGGCUCAGCGGCGUCGAGCGUCUCGACGCCCAGUCGAAGUGGACGCGUUCGCAGUCCGCGGUACCGCGUGCUGGACCGCUCGCAGUGCGCCAGGCAAAGCAGUGCGGCGUCGACGGGCUCUGGAGUCUCAGCGUCCCGGGCAGCGACGUCUGGCAACGGUUCAGCGUCGAGUCAAGGCUCCAAACUCCCGCGCACGUCUCCCGGGGCUGCUUCAGCCGCGCUCCGUCGCGCAGGAAACGCGACGGCGCGUGCCGUGUCAGGCACGCAGCGGGCGACCGGCAGUCCGAUUCCCGGACACAGCAGUGGGCGAGCAACGCACCGCUACAUGGAGGCUACGGCCGCGUCUCUCUCUCGGCGAGCCAGUGUUCGAACCGCCUCGCGGUUUGUCCCCGCCGACGAAGAUCCACAGACCCCGUCCACUGCGGAGGAGACUCUGAAUUCCAGUUGUGGGGCUCUUUCCGAGCGGGGCGUCGGCCAACCUGCGGAGACUUCCGCGGGUCCCGGUUCAGCGACGAUAUCUGGAGCUGCCUCGGGUCUCCGAAGCGGCUCUUCCUCACUGGACCUGGGGCGCGCGCGGACAGCAAGGUUGCUCGGCGCCGCUGGAACCGCCGGAAGAGGCCUUUCCGAGAGUCGCCGCGCGAGCGAGGCUGCCACGGCGCACCAGGCUCUCGCGAGCGGCGAACUCACCGACAGGGGAGCGCGGACCAGUCGAAUCUAUCGCUCCACUCUGUCUCACGGCGGAGCUGAAGAUGGCCGAUCAAGUCUAGGCGGCACGGGACGCUUCAGUCGCAUCCCUGCGCAGGCGACAGCGGGGCUCUCGGGUUUCGUCACCUCUCGGGCUACAGUGGGCUCGUACACUUUGGGGCGCGUCUCGAGGGGUACGCUCGAGCAGCGCCGCGCGGCCUGCGCUGCUGCAGCUGCGAGACGCGCAGCCGCUGCUGGAGGCUCGACGGAGAACGACGGAGAGAGGAGGAAUUCGGAAGGCAGUUCGGGGUCUGCCUUGUCCGACGACUCGGGGCGCGGAUCUCGAGAGAGCCGAGCCAGUCCAGCUGGGGCCUUCCGCAGUAGCUCUUUCCAGGCGCUGCCGGUCACGCCUCUGGUCUCUCGAAGGUCGACAGGCGUCGUGGGGACUCUCGGCAGGGGGAUGACCACUGCAGCAGACACUGCCGCGACGGCUUCGACGCAGGCGGCGCUCGCUGGCGGAGCGCGCCGCGUCGCGACUCUCGGAGACCCUCAGACUUCUCUUGGCUCGGCUGGGACUUCGAGCAGCCGCGCGCGCGGGGGCCGUCUGCCUCCGGUGCCUCUCCUGCCGCUCUCGACACUUUCGCAGCUUUCUGGGAGCAACUCUGCCCGGAUUCACACGCUCGCUUCCGGGGGCGCGGAAGAAAGGGCUCGUCGCGCGCGUGUGGCGUCUACGCACCGCGAACUCUGCUCGCCUGGCUUGGCGGGUGUCUCUUCAGCGGCGUCGAGCUCCGACGCGAGCGACUCCGAUCGCUGGCAUCGCACUGCCUCAGCGCGCGGGCCGCGCGUUUCGCGGACGGCGUCGGCGCAGGAGAUUCGGCAGCAAGUUCUGCACUCCGCGCGGUCGACCGCUGGAAGCUACUACGUGCGAGGCGUGCCGGCUCGCAGCAACACUUCGAGUGUCUCGGGGAGGCCAGAGGUUCCCGGCGGGUCUGUAAGCCGGCGAAGCCUAGGAGCUGGAGGCGAGGGCCUUGCAAGUCGCUACUCUGGCGCCUCUCGGCACCUCAUCGCGUCUUCCGAAAUCCCCUCCUCUGGAUGGGUGCCGACGUGGGGGCAAACACUGAUCGAUAUGGGCCUUGUCCCCUCGAGGUCGGCGACGGGGACGAGCCGCAGCGCCUCUGUUCACCGGACAGGGCUUCCGAGCGGGCGAGGAGCAGACGCCAGCAGUGGGGAAGUUGUGGACAGGUCGCCUUCGGGAUCUACGCCAGCCGGAUUUGGCAGCUCUGCCUCGGCGUCAGUCGCCACGCAUGCGGCUUACCCUCGGAGCAACAGCGUAACGUUACACCGAAGCGGAUCGAGUGCCUGGACUGCGCUGAGCCAGGUGUCGGCUGCGGGCCGGUCCUCGGAAGACAUCAACGACUUCCGCUACCGCGUCUAUCCAGGGUUUCACUCCUUUGGCUCUCACUACGCCUUAGGGCGCUACUCCCGCCAGGAACAGUCGCGCGUCGACUCGCCCACUGGACUCUCUUCUUUUGUCGCCGGCUCCGCGAGGACAGGAGACAUGUACGCGCAGCACACCGGCCUGUCGUCCCAGAGGCGAGCGUGGCCGUACUUGGCCUCGGCAGAAGACAGCGACAGGCAGGCGGGAGGAGCGUCUCGAUCGGGUGCAUGCAGCCAGGCAGAGUCGUCAAGGUCCGCAAUGAACCCGCGCCGGUCUUCCAGCGGCGCGCGACAGCACGACGACAGAACGGGCGUCGCGAGGGCGUCGGCGUCAGCUGCGCCGUCGGCUCCAGAGAGCGGCUACAGUCGGCAGGACUGGUCGCCUUUUGGAUAUACAGCGUAUAGCCGAAACGAAGCUGGAGCCUGGUCGCCGCAGCCGUCGGGAACCGCCACACACAGACACCAGCAGCAAGAAGAGCCGGACGUUCGGGAUGUGGAAGCCUCGUACCAGAGAAUGGAACAAGAAGAAGACGAACGACGAGCUCAGGUGUUGCAGAUCCUCAUUGACCUCCUUCCUACGAGCGAGUUCGACCAGUCGAGAAGCGCGAACCUGUCAGAUGAGGCGAAACGAUGCAGCAUUUGCUUCGAGGAUUACGACCAUGGAGAAGAGCUGCGCCGCUUGCCGUGUACUCACGUCUUCCACAAAAACUGCAUUGACAUGUGGCUGCGGCGGAGUUUUGUGUGCCCCAUCUGUAAACACGACCUGCGCACUUCUUUCGAAUAA